CGCGGCCCGGAGCUGCGUCCCCGAUCCCCUGCUCCCCACCGGGCUGCUCUGAGCAACGGUGCUCCGGGGCUCCAAACUCGGGCUGCCGGGGCAAGUGUCUUCAUGAACCCAGAGGAUGUCCGGGAAGCACUACAAGGGUCCUGAAGUCAGUUGUUGCAUCAAAUAUUUCAUAUUUGGCUUCAAUGUCAUAUUUUGGUUUUUGGGAAUAGCAUUUCUUGGAAUUGGACUGUGGGCGUGGAAUGAAAAAGGAGUUCUGUCCAACAUCUCUUCCAUCACCGAUCUCGGCGGCUUUGACCCAGUUUGGCUCUUCCUCGUGGUGGGAGGAGUGAUGUUCAUUUUGGGAUUCGCAGGGUGCAUUGGAGCACUACGGGAAAACACAUUCCUUCUCAAGUUCUUUUCUGUGUUCCUGGGAAUUAUUUUCUUCCUGGAGCUCACUGCUGGGGUUCUGGCAUUUGUUUUCAAAGACUGGAUCAAAGACCAGCUGUAUUUCUUUAUAAACAACAACAUCAGAGCGUACAGAGAUGACAUUGAUUUGCAGAACCUCAUAGACUUCACGCAGGAAUAUUGGCAGUGCUGUGGGGCUUUUGGAGCUGAUGAUUGGAACCUAAAUAUUUACUUCAAUUGCACAGAUUCCAACGCAAGUCGAGAGCGGUGCGGCGUGCCAUUCUCCUGCUGCACUAAAGAUCCCGCAGAAGAUGUCAUCAACACUCAGUGUGGCUAUGAUGCCAGGCAAAAACCAGAAGUUGACCAGCAGAUUGUAAUCUAUACGAAAGGCUGUGUGCCCCAGUUUGAGAAGUGGUUGCAGGACAAUUUAACCAUCGUGGCUGGUAUUUUCAUAGGCAUUGCAUUGCUACAGAUUUUUGGGAUCUGCUUGGCUCAGAAUUUGGUUAGUGAUAUUGAAGCUGUCAGGGCUAGCUGGUAG